GUGGGUUGCCGCUGUAUGUAGUGUCAGUAUUCAGUUAGUCAGUUUUAUAAUUUACAUAUCGCCUCGUUACAAAUCUUUCUCUCUAAUUGUCACUUGAGCGUGACGACCACGCAACGCUCAAGAUAAAACAUAUUUUGUAUUUAAUCUGUCAUUUCUGUCGAUGAACUCAUUGUUCUGCAUUAGUAUUUGUUGUACGAAUACGUCAAUACCCCAAGUCUCAAGAGGCCUGGGUCAGGCCAAAGAUUGUCUAAACAAAGAUAGUUGUUGCCAUUAGACAGAUUUCAGUCUGAAAGUAGAGUUCAAAAUCUGCAGUCACUAAUUCCAGUGCUCUGCUAAAAUUCAAGUGCCAUGGCUAACAGUUUAAUGAGUGAUGUGAUUGAUGGUUACCGAAAGCAAGUGCUUCUUGCUGCUUUUUCCUUCAAAGACUGGGUUUACAGAGUUUUUGCAUUCCUACUUACAACAUCCUUCAUUUUGUGGCUUUCUGUAUUCAUUUAUGUUACAUUCUACUAUUCAUAUGUUCCAGCUAUUUCCCACAUCAGACCUGUUCAUCUAGAAUUCAAGUCCUGCCAAGAAUCAUUAGGGGUGUGCUCAAAUCCUACUGCAAAUGUAACACUAACACAUCAAAGGCAGUUGUUACAGAGCAAUCAACCUUACAACAUAAUUGUAGAUCUUGAAUUGCCAGAGUCUGAGGCCAACAAGCAACUUGGCAUGUUUAUGGUGCAGGUCACAUUGACUGGCAGGAAUGGCAAAUUUAUAGCAACAUCAAAAAGAAGUGCUAUGCUUCGUUACAAGUCAUGGAUUCUUCAUUUCCUUGGCACUGUCAUGUUUUCCCCAGCCAUGUUACUUGGACCUAUAAUGGAAGAGAAACAAACACUGAAAGUCGAAAUGUUCUCUGAAUUUUUGGAAGCCCCAGACAAUCCAGUAACCAAUGUCAAUGUAGAAAUAGAAAGUCGCUGGGUGCAGCUGUAUUCUGCCAAACUACGAAUUCAAGCUGAAUUUGUAGGAUUGCGUUAUUUCAUGUUCUAUUGGCCUACUAUUUCUGCCACCAUCGGUGUAUCUACUCAUGUCGUGUUACUUUCGUUUUUGGUUGGGUACAUUUGGUAUCGUCUUUUGAAUCCAAAUCAGGUUGUUGUGCGUGUUGGCUUGAAUCGUGCAACUUCAUCGGCCAUGUUAGGAGCUGUUGCUAGUCAGCCUACCAUUGCUACUGUCGAACCUCAGCAGCCUGAAGAUGCCCAAAGCAAAACUUUGGAGCAGCGUAGGAUGGAAGCCAGAGAAAUAUUGAUGAAAGAAAAAAAACGGCAGCUGACAUCUCCUGGCGUAUUUACAGAACGUGCUCGCAGCCGUUCUUUCAGCACCAUGCCAGGCAUGACUAGAACCCCAUCGUACGGUGGCCCUCUUCGCAUUGAGGAACUGACCCCCGCUCCAACGCCUCCUCCAGUGGAAGAGAAAGAAGGUAUCGCCAAACGAGUCACCUUUGAAUAACAUGGUUUCAUUACUCGUUCGAUAGGAUAAACUUCUUAACUCCAGAUUUUUCAAACGAAGGGCUAGUUAUGGAUGCGGAUACAUCGCCGGAAUUACGUCGUAGAAUAGUAACGGCCACGGCAGCCAAAGAGGCCAAGAUAGACGAUCCUUGCUUGUGAAAAGCACCACUCAAGUCUCCAACGGUAUACACUUAAAAUAAAUUCAAUUUUCGACUUGUUCAGAAAGUUAGAAAAAAUAUCGGGUUUUGCUAUGUCAGUUUAUAGUUUAAAAAAUGUCAAAUCACUUCAAACUGUUUCUUUCCCCCACCAGAUGAGUUUCUCAUGUACCUACUCAUCUGUCAUCUCCACUAUUGUCUCGACUAGUCGUGAACACACGUCACAUGGUGUACUAAAAUUGGCCAAGCUUGCAUCGAGUCUCUGUAAGAGAUUGAAUAAUUUUUUCGAAAUUAGGUGAAAUAUAUUUGUGUAUUGCCUGUGACAAAACUGAACAGAAAAAGAAAUAUUCUAACUGA